GAGCCUCCACAGCAACUGCUCGUUAUCUCCGCUACACUGACGUUUUAAACAUACUCUUUAUCAUGGACAUCGCAUCGCUCUUUUCUGUUAACAACAAGACCUUCGUUAUCACUGGUGGUGCUAUAGGUAUCGGGCUGAUGGCUGCCGACGGACUAGUUGCAAAUGGCGCCAAUGUCUACAUUGCCAGCCGUAACGAAGAGAACCUCAAGCGCGAGUCUGAGCGUCUGACAGCUAGUGGGCCUGGCAAGUGCCAGUAUGUCGUCUGUGACCUUCUUGAGUAUGACCAAGUCGAGGCGCUCGUUAGAGAAAUAGCGCGCAGGGAGCCAAAUGGAGUCCAUGUCCUCAUCAACAACGCAGUCUUGGUGACAUCAAAGCCAUUUAUUGAGCUGACCGAGUCAGACAUGGUGCGCGACAUUACCAUCACCCUGCAGCGCCCGCUUACCCUUGUCCAAAAAUUCCUUCCUCUGCUGCUAAAGACAGCUACUGACAACGAUCCUGCGCGAGUUAUUAAUGUGACAAGUGUUGCUGCUAUGACAGCCCUAUCAGUUUCCAAUACUUUGUACCCAUCGUGCAAGGCAGGUUUGGCUCAUAUGACACGCGAUCUGGCGCAAAAGCUUGCACCCUACAAUGUCAACGUCAAUGCUAUUGCCCCUGGCCUCUUUGCCACAAUACUAUAUGACCAGCAGAAUGAGCUCCGCAAGAAGGCUGCUAUAAAUUCCAUUCCUCUUAAGCGCCUCGGACAUAAAGCAGAUGCUGCCUCUGCAAUUAUCUACCUUUCAUCAACGGCUGGGGCCUAUGUUACUGGGGCAAUAAUGGUCAUCGACGGCGGAGUUCUGGUAAAGCCAUGAGCUAUGGAAUGCUUGAUACCAUAUAUGCUUCCACAUACUUUUUCAUAUAUAAAUCAAUUCGUAUCUCAACCUAGUACUUGGGAGUGGGGUUCUUCAAUUGUUGCCUAUGGGCUUCAAAUUUCAAUAGGCUCAAUUUCUCAUAUUGGCAAUUCAAUUCUGCUUUCUUUGGUUAAUCCCCUAUAGAGGCUAUACAGAGUUACUUAUUUGCCUAGUAAUUGUUUACACA